AUGAAUUAUUGAAGAACCCACGAAACACAUAAUACCCACUUUCACUUUCAAUGGGUUGCCCUCUCACUCUCAUCUCACAUCCCAUUUCAUCUGUUUUGGGGGGAUUUCUCUUUCUCUGAGAAUGAAUUCAAGAAGAAAAGAAAAUCUGCUUUUGAUUUUCACAAUUUUCGUCUUGAACUUGGUGCCAUAAACAAUGAUUCUUCUUCUUACGUUGCACAUCUACUUUCCCUGAAUUUGGCAAAAGUUGUACACCAGUUCCAAUGACCUUUCCCACGCGGUGAUUCUUGUUUCAUUCUCUCACCCGCUUCCCGGGAAAACAAGCCCGGACGUUCAAAUGCCUCCAAAUUGUUCCAGAGCCGUGAACAGCUAGCUUUCUUUCUUUUCAUCGGCUCCGUGAAGUGAUGUUCCCAUGCCGAAGAUAAGUUGGUUUAGUCGACUACUGAAAAGGAUCUUCUCCGCAGAGCCGCAUUCAAAACCAGAAAGGGAGAGGAGAAGGAGAUGGGGUUUUGGGAAGGCUCAGUAUCAGAAGAUUGGCCUCCGUUUCGGCGCCGAGGAAACGGCGACUUAGAGUAACCCAAGAAGAGCAGAGCAAUCAUGUCGGUAUUCUGGCCGUUGAAACGGAGGCUGCCGCCGAAGCUGUUGACACAGGCUCCGCCGGUUGCGGCAGCUGAUAUUUCUCAACGUGAGGAGGAGAGGCGAGACUUUUCCGGCAUUGUUGUUCGAGUCAGUGCACCGGAAUUGACUCGGCGGCGGGAGAAGGGGGUUCGGGAUCUUGCUGCCACCAUAAUUCAGACUGCCUUCCGGGGCUAUCUUGCGCGAAAAGCUUUACGGGCAUUGAAGGGACUGGUGAGGCUUCAAGCAAUCAUCAGAGGCCGCGCUGUGAGACGCCAAGCUAUCACCACGCUAAAAUGCUUGCAGUCCGUUGUGAGUAUCCAAUCACAGGUCUGUGCAAAGAGAUUUCAGAUGGCGGAAGGAACCUGCAAUUUUCAGGAGAACAGAACCCCAAAGACUGAUUCGCACAGUCAGAGGAGAUGGGACGACAGCCUCCUGACGAAAGAUGAAGCAAAUGCCCUAAGUUUAAGCAAGAGAGAAGCGGUUUUCAAGAGAGAGAGGAUCAAGGAAUACAGCUCGAGUCACCGAAGAUCAACAGAAUCAGAACAGAAGAAGGUGAAUGGAAGAUUGAGAUACUGGCUAGAGCAAUGGGUGGACGCACAGUUAUCCAAAAAGUCGGACACAGUUUUCGCUUCAAACGCAGGAACCAGAGACGAAUACAGAGAACACCUCAAGCUGAAACAUCUCAAGACACAAUACCGCACAGAGGAGUUCCGCGGGUUAGGGUUGGAUUCUCCGCUAAGUUUUCCGAGAAGAUCAUUUCAUCACAAGAAACAGUGGUCCGUUGGAGACGACAAUGGCGUCGAAACCUCUCCCGUCGUUCCAACUUACAUGGCGGCCACCGAAUCUGCCAAGGCGAAAGCAAGAUCGGUGAGCUCGCCGAGGUUGAGAGCGACGUGCUCAGACGUUGGCUCUGAAACCAAUUCACCGUACAAGCACAAAUUCUCGCCGAUAUCUUCCAUAAACAGUGAGGUGACGAGCAGCAGCAGGAUCUGCAACUACAGUGGCUUUCAACAGAGAUCUCCAAGCUUUCGAGAUCUUCCAGGUCCACUCAAAUUAACAAGAAGUUUGAAAGGUCUCAACUCUGAAACUCCGAAUUGGCAUCGAAAUGUUGCCUCUAGAUGAACCAAAAGUUGGUAGUGCAAUAUGCCUUGCUAUAUAUAUAGCCUGUAGAUUUGCUCCGGACUGCAGUUAAAUUAUAAUCAAUAUGAGUUCAUAUAUAUAUUUGUUUGGGUAACCUUCGUUAAAUGAU